GACAGGGAGCUACGUGCGUUCGGUUUGAGAAUAAUACUCGUAAUAAAGUUUUGUGAACUCGUAGUUCUUUGAGACGGCACCAUCGACGCAAGUUUUUUGAUUUGUUCGGGCUUGGAAGUGCUUCGUUAUUGAAAUCUAAGAUCCGAUCGGGCCGGGCACUUAUGGCGAAUAGCUUCGUCCAAACUUGCUGCUUGAUAGUACUUACAAUAUUUGUAGAACGCGGCGAUGGACGGUGGAAGAAAAAGGACGGCAAUCUCCAACAUGAUAUCGAGAUAUUCAGGAAAAUGGCAGAUAAAAUCGAACAUGAAUUCGAUGACGCGUACGACGAAUACUCAAGCCAAUGGUUAAAGGAGCAAUUAUUUAACAGUUUGCAACAUAAAUAUAAAGAAAACUGGGUUAGAAAACCAAAAAACAACACAAACUUUGAAAUUAAAUCAAACAAACCAUUUAUUUCUUCUUUUAAUAAUAACGUUAAACAUAAACAUACAAUUCAUAAUUAUGUUGAUGAUGUAAAAUCAAGCACUGAUGUGACAUCAGAUGCAAAUGAUGCACUAAAUUCUAAAUUAGAUAAAGUUGAAACUCGUAAGUGGCCUAAAUUCGAAGAUAUUUUACUUGAAGUGGGCAAAAAGUACGAUUGGAAAAACGACAGGUGGAUAAAAGUGAAAGGGAAAUUAAAAGAUACAGACGAUGUUAAUAGUGAUAACCAAAUAGAAUUCCAUGAAAAACACAAGUUUCACUAUAGGAUUGUAAAGUUGAAUAAAAGCAAAAGUAGGCGGAACGUCGUUGUGGCCGUAUCGGCUGUAAGAUAGACAUCUGAGGAUGGUAAUGAUGAAGUAAAUGUAAAGAAUCUAUUUUUGGUAGACUCUGGGACCAAUACUGGGGGAGCUAGAGGAUAAAAUAAACCCAAUCAGGCCCAUUGUACAAACGUUUGUAAAACCUACGCGCUUGAAAACUUCGGUUCAUUUAAAUACAGACACUUUAGAUAAAUGAGAAUCUUAAUUAAUGUCUUAAUUAGCCUUCUGAUUCAUUUACGCAAAUGUUACAAUGAUGAUUAGCUAACUUGGCAAGAAAAUGUGAAUAAUAAAGGGUAAUGUGUUCAUAAAUUAUUUCAAUUUCUUACCCAAAUAAUGAAUUGUAAUUAUAACCAUAAUACGAGUAUUUAGGUACCAUAACAAAUAGAAAUAUGUUAUUAUGUCUUCAUAUGAAAAUUUCAUAUAAAUAUGAGAAAAUAUUGUAUUGUUAUGUUAGACACUUCAUUCUAAUAAUAUUGUUAUUCUAUUCCGAUUUCUGAUAAAUUCAUAAAGCUUUAGUUUCCACAAUAAUUGUAAUGCUUUAUUAAUGGAACUGUGUAUUAUAACUCAUGUUCAACUGUUUUUAAAUAAAUGUUUUUCUUUUGUUUCAUAAUAUUCGAAGAUAACUUUUUGUUUAUUUCAUAAUAGUGGUAAUUUUAACACAAUACCGAUACGUUUAUUGUAUUCCGGAUACAUUCUGUAGCA